AUGUUCUCCCCUGCAACCACGUUGUUGGUCUUUGUGACCCCCCAAAUGUCAAAAAUCGAUUGUUCCUUGCGGACACCGAGAUCAGUCCGGAUGGGUAUUGGGUUGGCGCGUCACAUCCAAGCCCUGCUAGCCUCCCUUGCUCUCGGGACAACACGCUACUGUAUCGCAAUGUCUUACUCGGCCGCGAGCCUUCAAAGUAGCCCGCGUCAAUGGCCGCAUCGGUGCAUGUCCCCGCGUCAGUCUCAUGCAGGUCGCACCCGUUGGCCUCGCUUACCGUCAACGGCGAAGGAGAGUGAGCAACGACGCAUCUUGAUUCUUGAAGCUGUGCUGGCCGCAUGGAGCGAGACUGCAGCUGAGAAUUUGGAAGGCAAACGAAUUUGCAAUAAAUCCCUGCUGAGUUGUAAUUGUCGGAGGAGGCGCAGUAUUCAACGGGUAGCUGCGUGCAGGAGCUGA